AUCCAUUAUGUUAAAAUAAAGUAAAAUCACUUUUCUCUCUCGCCGUCAAAAAUCACUCAAAAAUUAUUUUCUCUCUCUUCCCUCAAAAAUCACUUUUCUCUCUCGCCAAACACACCUUCGACCACCGUGCAGAAUCACUUUUUCCACCGUCGCACACCUUCGACCACCGUCACGCUCACACCAUCGACCACCGUCAAACUUCACCGACGAAUUUCACACCGUCAUUCAUCCUUCUCACCCUCCACCGUCACGCAUUCUCAUGCCGUCGAGCUUCUCACGGAACUGAAUCUCACCGUCGAGCUUCACACUUCACCAAUCGAGCUUCACAGUCGCGGAUCCAUUGAACGUCAUCAUCCAAUUUCACAGUUGCAGAUCUAAUUUCACAAAUCCUUUUUCCUCUUUCGCUCACGCAGAGGCAGAGAGCAUCUAUAAGGAUGGAUAAGAGCUGGUUACUUGAGAAGAGAUCUUCAAUAAGGUACUUGUAUGGCUUGCAUAAUUUUCUCGAUUUUGCAUUUCGUACUGUAGCUGAAGGGAAUGAAAUAUUGUGUCCAUGUAAGAACUGUAAGAAUUGUAGUUGGGGUAAUCGAGAGGAUGUGUUUGAGCAUUUGUUUUGUGACGGAUUUGAUGCAAGUUAUAAGAAAUGGAUUUUUCAUGGAGAGGGACUAUCUUCAAGAAAACCCUAUGAUAAAAACCAUGAAAAAUAUAACUUGCACGAUGACUUGGAUGGGCUCUUAGAGGAUACUUUUAUUGAAAAGCAAUUUAGUAACGGUGAGUUUGAUGAUAUCUAUGAUGACGAUAGUGAAGAUCUUGAUGAGGAUGCAACUAGGUUUUACAAAUUAGUACAUGAUGCGCAACAAGAAGUAUAUCCUGGUUGUAAAAAUUUCACUAAGUUAUCGAUCAUUGUUCGUUUGUUGCACAUUAAGAAUCUUUAUGGUUGGAGCAACUUGUCAUUUAAUAUGUUGCUACAACUAUUAAUUGAAUUGCUUCCUAAAAACUCUUGUUUACCAUCAACUUUCCAAGAUUGCAAGUAUAUCAUUAAGGACUUAGGUUUUAGUUAUGAGAAAAUUCAUGCUUGUCCUAAUGAUUGUAUCCUAUAUCGGAAGGAGUAUGAGAAUGAAGAUACAUGUCCUAAGUGUGGUCUUUCUAGAUACAAAAAACGUGAGGUUCCAAAAUCUAACAGAAAAGUACCUUGUAAGGUAACUUCACCUCCCAUUCCAGCUAAAGUUUUGAGAUAUUUUCCUUUAAAACCAAGAAUCAAGAAGUUGUUUAUGUCUUCAAAAACUGCUCAUUUAAUGAAAUGGCAUCAUGAAGGUCGGACUAAAGAUGGAAAACUAAGGCAUCCAGCAGAUUCUAUUGCCUGGAAAACAUUUGACUCUCUACAUACGAAUUUUGCAUCUGAUCCUCGAAAUGUAAGGCUUGGGUUAGCGAGUGAUGGAUUUAAUCCUUACAAAACUAUGGGCAGCAAAUAUAAUAUUUGGCCGGUAGUUUUAAUGAAUUAUAACUUGGCUCCAUGGGAGUGUAUGAAGCAACCUUACUUGAUGCUAUCUUUACUUAUUCCCGGUCCUUCUUCCCCGAAGAGAAAUAUUGAUGUCUAUUUGGAACCUCUAAUUGAUGAGUUAAAAGAGUUAUGGGAGAGAGGGUUUGAAGUUUAUGAUGCUUCUAGCAAACAAUUAUUUGAAGCACACGCGGCAUUACUUUGGACUAUAAGUGACUUGCCUGCGUAUACUAUGUUGUCAGGUUGGAGUACAAGUGGAAAGUUGGCAUGCCCUGUAUGUAGUUAUGACACAUGCUCAAUGUACUUAAAACAUAGUAGAAAGACAUGUUAUAUGAGUCAUCGGAGAUUUUUAGACCCCAAACAUAGGUGGAGAAAAGAUAAAAAAGGUUUUGAUGGUAAAAAAGAAAUUAGAGUUGCACCAUUUCCAUUAUCAGGGUCUGCCAUAUUACGAAAAUUAGGUAAUAGGCAAAAUUUAUUUGGGAAAAUUCGAAAGAGGAAGAGAAAAGAUAAGGAUCCAUGGACAAAAAAGAGUAUAUUCUUUGAGUUGCCAUAUUGGAAGACUAAUGUGCAGCGUCACAAUCUUGAUGUGAUGCAUAUAGAAAAGAAUAUAUGUGAAAUUGUAGUUGGAACGCUAUUGAAUAUAGAGGGAAAAUCAAAGGACCAUCUCAAAGCUCGCCUUGAUUUGGUGAAGAUGGGAAUAAGAAAAGAAAUUCAUCCUAUAAACAUAGGGCCAAAUAAGAUAUUACUGCCACCUUCACAAUUUACAAUUUCAUCAAAAGAAAAGGAUAUAUUUUGUGGUGUUUUGAAAGAAUUGAAGGUUCCAGAAAAUUAUGGUUCCAAUAUUUCCAGAUGUGUUCAACUUGAACAACAUAAAAUUCAUGGUCUUAAGAGUCAUGACUACCAUAUACUGAUGCAAGAUUUGCUCAAAGUAGCAGUGCGAAGUGCUUUGCCAAAAGAAGUCGCAAGAGUUCUCAUCAAGUUAAGCUCAUUCUUCAAUGUUUUAUGCUCUAAAGUUGUCAAAGUUGAAGAGUUUCAAUGUUUGGAUGCUGAAAUUGCAUUAAUUCUAUGUGAAUUAGAAAGGAUUUUUCCUCCAUCUUUUUUUGUUCUAAUGAUACACCUGUCUAUACAUCUAGCACAUGAAGCUAGGAUUGCCGGACCAGUACAUUACCGUUGGAUGUAUCCAAUUGAGAGGUUUAUUCUUACAUUAAAGAAUUAUGUACGAAAUAGAAACUAUCCAGAGGGUUCAAUUGCAGAAGGAUAUGUAGCAAAUGAAUGUUUGACACACUGUUCAAGGUACAUGAGUGAUGGUGUUCAAACAAAAUUCAACAAGCCACCAAGGAAUUUGGAUGGUCCAGUAGGAGAGGGAGUGAUGACGACACUAGAACCUCUUACAUGGGAGCAAGCUCACCGUUAUGUUUUAUUCAAUUGUGACAUCAUCAAGCCGUAUAUCAAAAAACAUGAGGAGUUUCUUUGUAGUUAUGGUUCAACGAAUGUAUGGAAUAAGGUUAAAGAGCAACAUUUAACUUUUCAUGAAUGGUUUGAAGAUCAUGUUAAUAAGUCAGGUGCUUGUGAAGAUGUUAAGUGGUUAUCUAGAUGGCCUAAUACUGCUGCUAGAAGAUUUUCUGCUUAUGUGAUAAAUGGAUAUAAGUUUGUUGUAGAAAGUUGUCAAAGAAAAACACAAAACUAUGGUGUUGUGGUUACUUCAUCUACAACCAAGUUUAGAAGUCAGAAGGAUGAAAAUCCAGAAGUAGAAAAUGUUAUCUACCAUGGAGUUCUGAAAGAUAUUAUUGAGUUGGAUUACUUUGGGCAUUCCAAGUUUGUGCUAUUCAAAUGUGAUUGGUUUCAAAGUAAAAGAGAUAAGCUGGGGUUGGUACUUGUAGAUUUCGGAAAGUUGAUUUAUAAAAAUGAUCCAUUUGUGUUUGCAACUCAAGCUAAACAAGUAUAUUAUGUAGAAGACCCAAGUGAUGGUUGGCAUGUUGUAUUCAACACUACACCUAGAGAUUUGUUUGAUAUACAUGGUGAUUUAGAGACUGAUGAUAUGGAAAGUCAGUUUGGCAAUCAGUUGUUUGAAGAGCCAAUAGUUAUUGAUGAUAAAAAUGUUAGUUGGUUUAGAAAUGAUGUACCUGGAACAACGGUUGAUACUUGUGUUGUAGCACCUAAAUCAUGAAUACAUGAGCCAUGAUGUUUCUAGUACCUAAUUUCAUUUUUAA